AUGCAGCGCAAAUCCGGGCCCGGUCUCGGUGUCUCCCGUGGGGGUGUCCUUGCAGCAAAAAGGCUGCACUGUGAUUCCGUUGGCAGGAAAGCCCCUGCGCGCUACAGUUUCAUGCCAUUUGAAAAUUGGGAUGGACGCGGCUGCGGGUUCAUGAAAGAAUACUUGACUCGGCCAUUAUUGAAAGAGGAGCUUGGCGCAGAAGAAACGGGCUGUUACCAAACUCUGCAUCCCAUCCAUGGAAGAGACCACCGACAAUAUCGCAAUCCCGAUCGAUCGGACGUCGUCCAUCUUGGCAUCGCUGUAGUCCCGGUCUCGGAUUCGCCUCGCUUUGAUCGGUGCCUGGAUGGACCUCGUCCGCACACGCCGAAUACAGAGCCCGGAACUGGGAUGGUCGAUGAUUCACAAAGUGGUUCCCAGCUUGUGGUCGGUCGUUCCGGCGGAAUCGCCGACGAAGUCAGGCUGGACAUUGGCUUCACCGCAGCGGCGACAGACGGCCGCGAAAUUUGA